AAGAGGAUGUUUGGUUUGUCGCUGUGUCACAAGAAGCAGCCCGCAGACUGCAGGCGGUGAAAUCUCAGGUACAAAUCUUCCUCAUCUGGGAGAGUUUUUAUCAGAACACAUGCUCUAGAUGCUGCACCGCUGAGGGAAGCUGAAGUGGCACGAGGAGGAACUUUGAAUCAAAUUUCAACCAUGUGACAAACCAACACCAAAAGAUUCAGUGCAAUAUGACUACAGAGUCGAUCUCCGGUUCUCUGAGAAACGGCUUGGCGAGAUGUUGCUCCGUCUCCACGCUGCGCUCCCGUCUUCCCGUCCUCACGUGGCUGCCGGCGUACAGUCUGACAUGGCUGAAGAUGGACGUGCUGGCGGGACUGACCGUGGGACUGACCACCAUCCCUCAGGCCCUGGCCUACGCCGAGGUGGCCGGCUUACCUGUGCAGUACGGUCUGUACUCGUCCUUCAUGGGCGGUUUUGUUUACUGUGUGUUCGGGACGUCGAAGGACAUCACCCUGGGCCCGACAGCCAUCAUGUCUCUGCUGUGUUUCUUGUACAUCAGAGGAGAUCCGGUGUACGCCGUGGUGCUGACGCUGCUGUGUGGAAUCAUCCAGCUCGCCAUGGCUUUACUCAGACUCGGUUUCCUGUUGGACUUUAUUUCCUAUCCUGUUAUAAAGGGCUUCACCUGUGCAGCGGCUGUGACCAUCGGCUUCGGACAGGUCAAAAACAUUCUGGGUGUGAAGGACGUCCCUCAGCAGUUCUUUCUGCAGGUCUACUACACUUUCCACAAACUACCUGAGGCCAGGGUUGGAGAUGUGAUUCUGGGUCUGUGCUGUCUGUUCUUCCUGGUGAUGAUGACGAUGAUGAAGAGUUCUCUGGACUCUGUUGAAGAUAACCCGUCUCCUGUAGUGAAGGUGUCUCGGGGUUUGGUGUGGACGCUCGCAACUAUCCGAAACGCUCUGGUCGUCAUAGCAGCGACGUGUGUGGCGUACUCCGCUGAGGUCACAGGUCACAAUUACUUCACUCUCACGGGGAAAACGGCUGCAGGACUGCCUCCUUUCUCAGCCCCGCCCCUCUCUGAGACGACAACCAAUGGCACGCGAGUAUCAUUCAGAGAGAUCACGCGGGAUCUGGGAGGCGGUUUAGCUGUUAUACCUCUGAUGGGCAUGCUAGAGAGCAUCGCUAUUGCUAAAGCCUUCGGAAGUAAGAAUAAUUAUCGCAUCAAUGCCAACCAGGAACUCUUUGCCAUUGGACUCACCAACAUCCUGGGUUCAUUCGUCUCUGCGUAUCCCGUCACAGGCAGCUUCGGGAGAACUGCUGUAAACUCUCAGACUGGAGUGUGUACACCUGCGGGAGGUAUAGUCACAGGUGUGCUAGUGCUCCUGUCUCUGGCCUUCCUCAUGCCGCUCUUCUCCUUCAUCCCCAAAGCGUCUCUGGCGGCCGUCAUCAUCUGCGCCGUUGGUCCGAUGAUAGAAUUCAGCGUUCCUCCCCACAUCUGGAGAGUCAGAAAGUUGGACCUGCUGCCGUUCUCCGUCACCUUCCUGCUCAGUUUCUGGGAGGUGCAGUAUGGCAUUGUGGGAGGUGUAGUCAUCUCAGGAUUCGUGCUGCUGUAUCUAAUGGCCAGACCUGAACUGAAAGUAACAGAUCACGGCGUGCUGGUGAUGAAGUUGGGAAGUGGACUCCAUUUUCCUGCUGUAGAGCACUUCAGUGACGUCUUACACACACAUGCGCUACACGUAUCUCCUCCUCGGUGUGUUCUGGUAGACUGUCAGCAUGUCAGUAGUAUAGAUUACACAGUGGUGAAUGAAUUGCGAGAUCUCUUAAAGCAGUUUAAGCUGCACAGAGUCUCUCUGGUCUUCUCAGGACUGAAGUGCUCGGUGUUGGAGGUUUUAUUAGCAGCUGAUCUUCCAGGCUUCAGACACACAGACAGCGUGGAGGCGGGACUGCAGAUCCUGAACACCAACCCCGACUCUGACUGACACUCCUCUCCUCCAAUCAGCACAAGAUCACUGACUCAUUACAUGGCUCCGAGCCAAUCGCUGAAUACCUCAAGUGAGCAAAACCGAUGACGGAAUACACGAGGUUCAGAAAGUCGCCAAUCUCAACAUGAAAUUGUUUUAAAGUUUGUAGAAUCAGUGACACUGACAUCGAGACCAAAUGGAUAUAAAAAAAAAGAGGCGUCCUUUAUUUUGAAGAUGCACUACAUAUUUUUCUUUAUGGAGACUUUAAAAGAUUAACAGUAAACAAUAGUCUGAAAACUAACCGACUUGCUAGCUAAAGAAAGUUUAAAAAAAAAAUACACAACUGUCAUGUGUAGUGUUUAUAGAGUAUAGUGUUUUCUUCAGAAAAAAAAAAACAUUUCUCUUAACUGUUGAACAAAUUAGCACUACAGCAACGUGUGCUCAUUGCCUGGAGGCAUGCUAGCAUCACGUCAGGUAGCUAACAUAUAGCAUUCUUGGGUAGCUAGCUGCCUAGUUGCUGAAAAUCCUGUCCAGAUUUCUGUACUCACGUGUUUUUUGUUUGUUUUAGACGUUUGAUAUUAAGCACUAAAUUUGCUUGCCUUAAUGUCCAAAUGUGAUGAAACGAUUAAUUUCUAUUUUGUAAAGUGGAAUUGUAGCAGGAAUAGUUACCGGAGUUGUCAGAAACCACGUGCCUUGUUUACGAAAUGUUCGAGGCAGAGACUUUUCAAGUUGAUUCGAACUUUUUUUAACUGACCAACUGCAUAUUUUUAAAUAGAAAAUACAAUUCGAUGCUUUUAAAACACUGAUAAAAUAUUUAACUGACCGACUUUCUAUUUACGAGAAAAAAUACCAGAUUACUAACGGAAACAUUUUUACCUUAAAGUCUGUUUUAAAGCAAACCGACACUGACUCUUUUACUUUUACUGACUUUUUAGUAUUUUAAAUGAAGCUGAUGUUGAUGAUUUCACUUGUUUCUUUAAAUGUUUCUAUCACCUUCGUGCAUUUGUGACUUGUUUGGUUUAUAGAGUUGGGAUUUAAUGUAUUUAUGUAACAUGCUACUUCAUGCAGUGUUCAUGAUGCUAAUCAGUCGUCAUAAUCAUCUAUUACUUCUUCGCUACAUUACCAUUGUAGCGCCAGUGCAAAAUUAUAGCUGCUAAAUGUCGAUACUGAGGUAAGUUGAGAGAAAUUUUCACAUUAAUUAGCACUAAAUGAAUAUCACUGUCAUUCUAUACAUAUGAAUUAUACUGUACGUGUAGUUAUGUAAUAAAAACAGCAAAGUAAAUAAGAAUUUACCGGA